AAAUUGUCAACGAGAUAUUGGCGAGCGAGGAGACAAGUCACGACCUUUAGCUUGGACUGACGGAAGCUCAGAAAUUCAAGGCGUGAGACACAUACCUUGACGAGAGAGAGGAAAAAGGCGUUUAUAAUAAGGAUGGGCCCCUUGUAUAAAAUGUGGAAGACAGUAUGGAACUACAUUCUUCUAUAUGCCUUAGGAGCGUGGUAUCUGCUGAAGGAGUUAAUCUCGUCUCACAAAAAGCCCUCUGGAAUUUUGAAUCAAAGUGGGCGCGUAGCAAUUGUGACUGGCGGAGGACGAGGCAUUGGUCUGGAAACUGUGCAGCAGUUUCUUGAACUGGAUAUGACAGUCGUUAUUGGUGGAAGAAAUGUGCCAGAGCUUGAGAAAGCUGUGUCAAAAGUGAGAGGCAGCAACAAAGAUUUAGGGAAAGUUAUAUGCUUAGACCUGGAUUUGUCUAGCUUAACCUCCGUGAGAAGAUUUGCAGAGGCUUUCAAGGCUCUUCGACUUCCUUUACAUGUGCUUGUUAACAAUGCUGGCGUUAUGUUCUGGCCGCAGGAAGUAACUGAAGAUGGCUUUGAGUAUCACUGGUGUGUUAAUCAUCUUGGUCAUUUCUUAUUGACUCACCUGUUGUGGCCUGUGUUGAAAGCCAGCUCUACUCCAGAUAAACCUGCACGUGUCGUCAAUCUCUCAUCAUCUACACAUUACAUUGGCUCAAUAAAUUUUGAAGACAUCAACAGCAAAAUCUAUUACAAUGCACAGGCUGCUUAUAAUCAAAGCAAACUAGCUCAGGUGAUGUUUACCAAGGAAUUGGAUGAACGGAUUCGAGCAGCAGGAGAAAAUAUCAUUGUUAAUGCGGUGCAUCCUGGUGUUGUGGCCACAGAGCUGUUCCAGCAUGUGGCCUGGGCACAUUACUUCCCAUGGUUGGUCAGAGCUUUUUUAAAGACCCCUAGACAAGGAUCAGAUACAGUGGUUCAUGUGGCACUUUCCCAGCUAGCGCUUGAUGGUGGCCAUUAUUACGAAAAUUGUACCAAGACCCCUCCAGCUGCAGCUGUCAGGAAACCCAGUGAUUUACGCCAUCUCUGGGAAAUCUCUUGUCAGCAAUGCAAAAUUGUUGACUUUGGUGGUUUGUGAAGAGAUAAGAUGCAGUGAAAAAUAUUUUGAUACUUUUUUACAUAUAGAAAUGCACUACUGUUGAAAUUUGUUGUUCACUUCAUAUAUUAUGAUAUAUGAUAGAAAACAACCUUUACUGAUGUGAUAUAUUACCAGGUAUAUCCAUAAGAUGAAAGCCUUCUUGUUUGAAUUUAUUUUCUAAGCAUGUUGGCCUUUCAGGAUACAUUCCAGUUUAUCAUCGGGCAUUUUAACCUAAGAUCUGUGCAGAUAGCAAAUUGGUCAUUCCCGUUUUGGGCAGCCAUGAUAACUAAACAUAGUCCCUACAGCUGCAUAGUACAGUUGACAACGACUGCAGCUAAGACUUAAUGUUGCAUUCUCACCAGAUGACUACUAAUGCUAUGUGUCGCUGCUCUGGUUCAGUUUUCUCUCUCCAUAUGAAUAUCACUUUGGGUUUUAAAUGUUUUACAUUUUUUAAUUACUCGCAUUUUUCUUUUGAAAUUCCAUUUGGUUUUGAUCGAUUUUUAUGAUACUGAAUCGGCACAUGAUUAGAUUUGCUAGCAUAUGUUAAACAAAAGUAAACAUUGUUUUUUGUUAAGUCUCAACAGAUAAGAAGUUUCUGUUUUGAUAAAGUGCAGUAGAUACUUCAAAUGUGUCUCUUCAGUAUCUGUGAUAUGAAACAUUUAUGCAUUACAUUUAUACCAACUUGGUGCUCCCUUUCUAUAACAGUAGCAGAUAUAAAAUGUAUGUGUAUGGUGUAUGGAGUUUUUUUUUUUUUUUUUUUUUUUUUUGACAAGUUACCAAUAAAAGUUGUUACCAGGAUGUUUUGCAGAUGCACAAUGACAGAGAUCCAUUUAAGAAAAUGGAAAUUUAUAUGCGUCCCCCUUUGUGUAUGAGGAUGCAGUCAGUAUAUGGAACGAAGUUAUUUGUUUUAUAUAAUUAUUGAUAGGAUUCAUUUGUUUAAUGGAAUAAUUAUGUAUGUAGUCCUUGUGUAUCAUUUGUUUUGUUGUCUAUAUUUGGUGACUGUAAGGUACACAGUGGUUAUGUAAUAGUGUUAAGUAAAUAUAAUUUUAUGAGAAACUUG